UCAUCACGGUCCCCACUCCUACUGUCUUCAUUCUUUUUUCACCCACAAGAGCCCAGAAACCCUCCAAGUCAGAGAUGCUGUGGCUGCUGCCCCUGCUGUGGGCAGGGUCCUUGGCUCAGGAUGGAAAAUCCUACACGCUGACAGUGCAGACACCCGUGAUGGUGCAGGAGGGCCUGUGCGUGUUUGUGCCCUGCACCUUCACCCCUCCAAGGUACUACUGGAUUAAUUCUCCCCCUGUAUAUGGCUACUGGUUCCCAGAAGGAGCUAAUAAAGACACGGAUGCUGCUGUGGUUACAAACAACCCCGAUCGUAACGUGAAGGAGGAGACCCAGGGCCGAUUCCACCUCCUCGGGGAUCCCAGAACCAACAACUGCUCCCUGGACAUCAAAGAUGCCAGGAGGACAGAUAACGGAUUGUAUUUUUUUCGGGUGGAACCGACAAGUUACCCAAAGGAUAAAUAUUCUUAUAUACAGCACAAGCUCUCCGUGCAAGUGAUGGCCCUCAACCACACACCUGACAUCCUCAACCCGGGGCCCCUGGAGAGCGGCCGCCCCAGGAACCUGACCUGCUCUGUGCCCUGGGCCUGUGAGCGGGGCACGCCCCCCAUCUUCUCCUGGACGUCAGCUGCCCACAGCUCCCUGGGCCCCAGGACCCGCCUCUCCUCCGUGCUCACCCUCACCCCACGGCCCCAGGACCACGGCACCAACCUCACCUGUCAGGUGCAUUUUCCUGCCGCUGGUGUGUCUGUGGAGACAACCAUCCAGCUCAACGUCACCUGUGCCCCACAGAACCCUUCACCAGGUGGUUGCCUAGGAGACAGUGCAGGGGAACCAAGGACGAGGGCAGAUGUGGUUGGGGCGGCCGUCGGGGGAGCCGGUGUCACUGCACUGCUGGCUGGCUGUCUCUGCCUCAUCUAUUUUGUAGUGAAGACCCGCAGGAAGAAAGCAAGGACAGCAACUGGCAUGGACAACAUCCACACUGCCAUGGGGCCAGCUUCCCUGGGUCACCAGAAGACGCCGGAAUUAGACAGCCCAGCAGCUGACUCCACUAGCUCUGCAGGGGCUGCCCCGACCUUGAGGGUGGAGCCAGAGGUGUAUUAUGCCUCCAUCCGCUUUCAGGGGAAGAAUCGUACUCAGACAAGCACCGAACCGGAAUACUCAGAUGUCAGGACCCAAUGAGAGGCAGAAAUGUCCAUAUCCCUCUGGGAGGAAGGGGGACCUACCAGCUGACUUUUGGAGAGGUCACAUCCCCACAGGCAGUGGGUUUAUAAACUACUGUAUAUGCCUUUCCUGGUAUGUUGGAACUAUCUUAGGCAUUGCAUUCAGAGAGACCUGGGAGCAAGUUCAUGCUCUUUCCAUCGAUUAAGAAGAAUAUGACAUCACCUGAGCCACCUUACUCCUCCGGAAUUUGAUUUCCUGAUUUGUGAUCAGGCGUAAGAAGUUCUACAUCGCAGGGUUGCUAUGAGCAUUAAAUUAAAGUACGCAUGGAACCUGGCUGGCAGCUCAGUUGGCUAGAGUGUUGUCCUGUUACGCCAAGGCUGUGAGCCUCAGUCAGAGCACACACAACAAUCAACCAAUGGCGCCGGCUGGUGUGGCUCCGUUGGUUGAGUGCAUCCCAUGCACUGAAAGGUUGCUGGUUUGAUUCCAUGCCCAGGUUUCCGGCUCGAUUCCCAGUAGGGGCC